AUGGUGGCCGACAACGCAGGUCCACUUCCAUUUACACAGCCGCCACGCCCUGGUCCGCCAGCUUUCAAUCAAGAGGCACUUUGUGCGCUCGCGGCUCGUAGCUCGGAAGCCAUGGUCGCCACGAGUACAAAGGCCAGCCCGCGCGACCCGACGAUGCGCGCGCCCGUCCGUCGCAUUAUCAUCACGCCGCCCGGGUCGUCAUAUCGUGCCACUCGUGCCCACAGCACUCCUCGUCCCCGCCGUCGAUCUUCGGCUGCAAUCUGUACCCCGACUGCAUCCCCGCACGCGUACAAAGCAGGACAAGGCGAGGCUAGCGUCAAACGGUCGAUCGGCAGCCUGAUCCAUUCUCUUCGCGCAGCAGCGAUCGGCACGGUCUCCCCCCCAUGCGAAAUUAGCCGCUGGAGCAGCUCUCCGGUGAGCGAGGAAGCACGUACAGACUCGCACUCGUGGUUCCCUCGCAAGUCGACAGAGACAAAGGAGUCUACUCGGAGCACAGCACCAUCCACGACGUCCACCGCCGUCUCGCACAACAGCAACACGUCGUCGUCGCUCAAGUCUGCACACGAAUCGGGCCGGUCCAGGAUUGCCUCUCGGUCUCGUGUUCCUAAAUCUCCGCGGUCAAUGAAGUCGUCCAAGUCCGGUUGGCUGUCGACCCUCGAAGACGAAGACCACGAAGUGCCCCCGCUGCCUGAGCUUCCUCUCCCCCGCGUCCCACUCCCAAAAGGCAACGUCUGGGACAUGUAUGUUCCCCCAAACGCGCCCCAUCCGGGCCGCGGGCGCCGCAUGGUUACUGGGGUGCUGAAACGCCUCACUCCCAACAAGAAACGAAACGAGCCUCCCAUCAAGCUCCUGCUGCAUGACCACAACAACAGCACCCUCAACGUAGCGCGCAAUGGGUCGACAGCCACGCUUCUCUCGGCAACCUCCCAGGCGUCAUCAACUUACCCGACCACCCCCGCCACUGCCACUAGUGCUUCGACGUUGCAGGCCCCGCGGAGGCCGUGCCCGUGGACCGGAUCCAUUGAUGGUAUCUCGCCACCCCAGUCGCCAAGCGCUGUGGCACACGUCCUCCCCCCUGUUUCCGAUGCACCCGAGUCGUCCAUCGGCAGUUCGUCGUUUCAAUUCUCCUGGGACCUCGAACUCACCUCGGAACUCGAACAGGACCGCUCCGAACGCCUCCGAGGCCCGGUGGCAGUGCCUCCGCCACCCCGGCGUCCUCGUGUCGACACGAGCGGCGAACGGUUUGUCGCCUCGCCGCCACUCUCCCCAUCGGGCUCUCCAUCGAGCUCCUCCAAUUCCCGCUUCAAUUCCUUUGAGGAUGCCACGAGGGACCUGCAGAGGCGAACGAGCAUGGGAGGCAUUUCCACGCCAGCCAUGUCCAGACAGUCAAGUUCGUCAAGCUGCACGUCACCCACGUCCACUCUGCCUACCCUUGUCCCGCGUGCCUCUGCCUCGCCUCUCUAUACCAAUGGCAGCCGUGGUCCCUCCAUGCUCCGCCAUGUGCGUGCGAGCAAGUCGAUUAUCAGCGCACCCACGCUCGUUUCUACCACUUCAGAGCGCGCAUUUGCUGCGUCUGCCGCUGGCCGCCGCCACUCAAUGAGCCCCACGACCCCGCGGGCGUAUGACGACAGCUCGUUGAAACCUGCCAGCCCUCAAGCACCUGCCCUGCCUUCGCCCGUGGAGGAGGAUGUCGAGGAAGACCGUUUCGAAAAGAUCCUCGAGGCGACCCUCGAACGCCAGCGUCGUGCUGAGGCUGACCGCUUUGCCGCGUUUCAAGCACGCAAGGCCGCUGAGCGUGCCGCGGCCGCGUCUGGAUCCUCGACUCCAAGUGCAACAGGUGACGGUGUUCUCAACCGCACCCCUAACGACACGGACACACUUCACCGGACCCCUUCUCUCACCAACACGGUGACAAGUGGCGGUGACUCAUCGGUAUGCACAAGCCCCAGUACCGAGGACAUUGUCUCGCCCGUCCUGGCACCCACCCUCCUUCUCCAGGCCCAUCGCGGACAGCACGGUGUCAAGGGACUCGACCUGUCUAGUGCACUCGAGCCAGUCACCAGGGAGAAUGAGAAAUCGGUGGCGACUCCCACGUCCAGCGCCGCACUCACAGACGCCACGGCUGUUGAUACCCGACUGUCCCCCCUGUCGCCAACCACGGCGUGCAAUACUCCGGACUCGUAUCGCGGAGACACAAGCAUGGACUCGGACACGGCCCUGAUGACCCCACCGCCCAGUUCCUUCAUCACCACCAAAAUGGCACGCGCAGCGGCUAUCGCCGCUGCCGGUGACCCACUGAAACCUCGGCGCCUGUUGCAACUCCUGCCCCGCCACAACGCUCGCCACCGCGCGUCCGUGUCCAUUUCGGCCGUCUCGGUGCCAGCCUUGGCAGCCCUUUCGGCGUCGACCUCGUCGUCAGGAUCAAACUGUGAAACGGAACAGAUCCCAUUCGACGUUGCACGCGAAGAUGUUAUCAGCGAGGAGACCCUGAGAGAGUCGCAGGAGCUCAAACGCGACCCUCGUCGCGACACCCUCAUGCCUGCCCCGCGCGCACCAGAGUCCAUGGUGACAGCCAGCCGUCGCGACUCACGGCGCGACACCAUCAUUGCCCCACGCGCCAUCAAGGUCCCCGGACCACCGGACAUGGAGUCGGCGGUGGACCUUACCCCCAAGGAGGGUGGGUUUGUGCCCGUUGACCCUGCUGGCCUGGGCCUCGGCAUCCCCAUCCCCCCGGCUCCCCACCGGCACGACAACAGCGACAGCUUUGACGAGCCCAUCAUGUCCUACUCGCGCUCCCGCCUCCCUCCUCACCUUGCCCGCACGUCCAAGAGCUACGCCAGCUUGCCCCGGUCCGAGUCGUCCGAGGUCUCGGUCAUGGCCAAGCGCACCGGUAGCAGCAAGGGGGCCAAAGACUGGCCCGAGUGGCCGCCACAGUGGGACGACGUGCCACGCGCCGCCGGCGGCAGCCGUCGUCCCAGUGCCGCGAGCCUGUGGUCCAUGGCCAGCGGCGGCAGCCUCGAGGCGCCCGCCGACCGCUCCGCAACCCCGCAGGCGUACCCCAAGCGCUAUGCGCACAGCACCAACGCCUCGAUCCACACGUUUGGCGGGCGCAGCUUUGGGUCCGGCUCGGGAUCGGCGUCCACCUCCGGCCACACAAACCGCGGCAGCGUCGGGUCGACGUUUAGCUUCAAGUUUGAGACGCAGAACGGCGUCGACUUUACGAUCCCGCACUCUGCCGGCGAGGCCGGGUGGGACCUCGACGCGUACCUGACGGGCAGCGGAGCGCAGGCGGUGUAA